AUGUGGAGAUGGUGGGACGCCGUGAUGCAAUCAGCUAAGGAGGUACAAGGGGAAGACCGAAUCAAGCUCACGGUGAACAUUCUAUGGCAAAUCUGGAAAGCUAGAAACAAGAUGGCAUUCCAAACGGAGAAUGUGGAAGCCAAAAGGAUAAUAGACAAAGCUCAACAGGAAUGGAUCGAAUUUGAUAUGGCGAAUGAAUUAGACUCGCGAGCAAAUGCAUCAGUAGAAAAGGAAGAACAGGUUCAGCUGCGAUGGGAGCCACCUAAGGAAGGGGUAAUGAAGAUUAACACGGAUGCAGCAAUCUCAGCUACAAUGGUCAGAACAGGACUGGGGAUUAUUGCAAGGAACUGGCAUGGGGUGAUAGUGAGAGCUAAAGGAAUCACUGAGAGGAAAAGAGGGGAAGCAGCCACAGAGGAAACACUUGCUAUCAGAGGUGAGCUGGAAAUGGCUCAAAUUGCAGGAUGGACAAACAUAGAAGUCCAAUCUGAUUGUAAAAAUGUAGUGAGCCUUAUUAAUACGGGCAAUGUUCAGGAUUGUAAACUACAAACAAUCCUGGAAGACAUUGAGAUCCUAAAGAUGAGGUUUGACAGGUGUGCUUUUUCUUUUGUGCCCAGAACUGCUAAUGGUUGUAGCCAUGCCAUGGCUCAAUUUGCAGUCAAGUCGGUUAGGAACAUUGAAUGGGAAAGUUCAUUCCCAAAUUGGCUAUCAGCUUUAGCUAGAAAAGAUAUGGGGGGUAGUUACCCCUUUUUGUCAUUAGCUCUUGUAUUAUCAAGUGUUAAUAUCUAUAAAAAUAUUAUCGUUUAA